CCCUGUGCUGGGUGGUGGGUUUUUGCAAGGGAUGUCUUAACUCCAGUUAGAAGAAAAAUAAGGUCACUGUAAAUGAAGUGUGCCUCUGAACCGGUCUUGUGGGCCUGUCACAACUUGCAGAAGCAGCGUCCCAGCCCAAGAGGAAAGGCUCUGGCUGCCUUUUCUGCAUCCUGGUUUUGUGAGGGGGGGUCUGGGGCCCUCGAGUGCGUUUCAGGAUGCCUGUUUUGCCCUAAAUGGUUCUGGCUGUAGCAGUGUUGCCUUUACCCUUUGGCUGCGUGCAGUGACCCUGCGCUGAGCCCGGCUCUCACCCGCGAGAAGCAAAGCGUGCCUGACCCCCGCCUCUCUGCAGCCAGGCCAACGCCAUGCUCAGAAUCGAGAUGGAAAUGUUCGAAAAAUGGUACCGUAAGAUGGAGCCGCAAAGCCUGUCGCUCCACCUGCUGUCGGACGCAUGUGACUCCUCACCAGAGAUGAUACAGACACGUGGCAGGUACAAAUCCAAGUCGCGUGGUCCAACAGACCGUUUUGUAGGCCUGACAGUGGAGCAGAAAUGUGAGCUGGCUGAGCGGGAGCUGGAAGAGACAAAGGAUGAGAUUCAGAGGCUGAAGGAGGACUCUGAGCAGACUAUACAAAACCUCGAGGCAGUCAUGGAAGAAGCAGAUAUUUGGUGGGCUGAUGUUAAGAAAGCCAUCAGUGAUUUUGACAAAGAUAUCAUCAGUACCAUCUCCCUGAAGAAAGGGAGUAUCGUAGCUUCUGAGAAGCUGCUGAGAUACAUGGAGGAGAAGAACCACCAGAGGGAUCUGAUGAAAGAAAAGUUGCGCUUGAAAAACGAUUCGCUCAAGAGUUACAAGAAAAAGCUGCAGCAGCAGCUCAGGCAGAAAGAGCAGAUGGGAGAGACGCUCCGUGAGAUACGUUUCGAGCAGCUGCAGAUUAGAAACAUGCAGUACCAGGAGAAGAUUGAUGAGAAGAACCAGGAGCUGCUGCAGCUAAAACUGACCUCAGGAAAGACUGUCCAGGUCCUCAACUUCUAUAAAAGGAGGCUGCAGAAUGCCAUGGAAACAUCAGUAUGCUUAAUGAAAGACAUCUCCCAGAGAAAGGAGCUGCUGGAGAAAAUUGAAAGAGAAGCCAUUCUAGUGGAGGAGGAACGAGCCAAAGCUGAGAGCCUGAAUAAGAAGCUGUGGAGGCAGCUCUCAGAUUACAGAGUUCCCCCUGUUCUGAGGUAUGUGCAUGAGAAGAUGGCCAUUAGUGACCUCAGAAACAGUCUCAAGGCCUGGGAGAGGAAGGUGGCGAUUGCUGAGAUGUCCUUGAAAAGCUACCGCAGAGCAUGGAACCUGGUCAAGAUGGCUAGUAACCAGCACUAGAGUAGUCUGAUGCUGCAAGGCAGCCAGUGAAAGCUGCAGAAAGCGCCCGCCUGGUCUGGGAGUUUGCUGUCAAGUGGGUAGAUGUAACAUGCUGCCAGCUGC